AUGGGUUGGCUGCCGCAGGACUGGCGCCUGGAUCACGAAAUGUUGAUCGACGCCGGAGGCCAGCUGCAAAGGAUCCGAAUGUACCCGUACUUUGACACCGCUCAUUAUCUCUUGGUUUUUUUCUUCAUUUUAUAUUUUUUAAAAUGCAAUAUUUAGAUGUGCUUGUCGGUACGGGAUGAUUUGGGUCCGACGGGGGUCGCAUUUUCGCGACGUCAUCCGUUCUCCUGCUGGCUUUCUUCAAUGCUGAUGUCCUUUGCCGGCAGCUUCUUGUCCAGUUUCCUACUUGGAGAACCAAUUAUUUCGCCGAUGAAACGGCAUGACGAUGUUCUUCUGGUACACGAAAACCAAACUUUUUGAUGUGUUUCUCAAAAUUUGAGGCCUCGAUUAUUUGGUACCUGGUUUUCUACUCGCCUUUUGACGUCGUGUACAAAUUGGUGAAGUUGACGCCGAUUAGAGUUGUGAUCUCAAUAAUUAAGGAGGUUCAAAGAGCACAUAAGGUGAUUUUUCGGGAUCUUUUCAAGGAAGAGAGCCAUUUAAGUGUUGCUUUCAGCUCAAGGAAAUAUUUUUGAGUAUAAAAUGAAUAAUUUAAGAUUUCCCAUGGAGUUUCCUACGCGGCUCGGCUAUACCCGGAAUCGUAUCUAGUUCAAAUUCUAGUCGGCGUUUCGAAAGGAGCCGGCUCAGGUGUCGUGAAAAUCGUUGAGCAGGUUAGAUUAAUAUCAUUGUUCUGGAUAAUUUUUCUAUUUUUAGCUCGUCCGUGGUUCCUGGGCUCCGAACCAACACGAAAUGUUGCGCCCGUCUUUCACCACGAAAGCCUGUGUAAUCGCCUCGAUUUUGUUCACUUUAGAGCGUCAGAGUAUGUACGUCACGGCGCCUCACGAUUUGGUGUACUUGGUUUGUUUAUUUUCGAGUUUUGAGCUGCUAAAAUUUCGUUUCCAAUGUUUCAAACCGGAAAUUCGUUGUUUUCAGUGCGUCGUUGGCUUUUUCGCCUACUUCAAGUUGGCGGCUCUUCUCUUGGGAGUCACCGAUCCGUUGUCUCCGGUUGAAAACGUCAUUUGUGCCGUUCUGAUGGGCGGUGUCUUCGACGCCCUCGCCAGGUUUUUUUCUAUCCAAUUUACUCCUGAACCAGAACGGAGAAGUUGACAAUAGGAAGUUUUAUGCCGUACAACGCAUUAUUUUGCGCGCCCAUCAUGGUUCGCACCAUUAUUUUUGACGCCGUUUAAUAAUUUUAGGCACCCAAUUAUUUUUUCGCACCCAAGCAGUUUAAGGCAUCCAAACGUCUCACCCAACAUAAUUGCCUAUAUCGUAGCGGGCCGCAGGCGAUAUGGCGAAGGGUUCUCGCUGCGACCUCGUCAAAGUCUCGCUGCCAUAUCGCUCCCUCUCAAAAACUUGAAAUUUACAAAACAUCUUUUUUGAUUUGUCUUCGACUUUUAUGGUGUAACGAAUCUAAUGAAAGAAAAAAAAACAUUUUUGAAGGAAAAUUUUUCAGAAAACGAUAUAGCGCAAGACGUUUGCGAGGUCGCAGCGAGAGGCGAGCGAUAUUGCUCGCGGCUCCCCCGCGGUAUAGCGUUGCGAUAUAGUCCACAAAAUUGGGUGAUCAUAAAACUUAUGAAUUUCAUACCAAAGGAUUUUCGGCUGAUACUUUUUUUGAACCAUGCACUUCCGAACCAUUGUUUAAGGGUACCUACGCUGAGGGAAACCACCAUCAUGCUUACCAAAAUCAAUAAUUCGGAAAUAUUCGGAAAUUCAUGGGAAGUUAUAAAUUUUUAUCAAGUUGUAUGAGACUUUUGGUGCGUUGAACUGCUUGGGUCCGAAAAAUUAUUUACCGGGCUCAAAAUUUGGUGCGUUGGACCGAAUUUGGACUUCUUCCAAAAUUCUAAAAGCUACUCAAAAACUUUAAAAGCUCUGCUCCAAUAAACCUUGAAAAUUACCAUGCUCCUUCAAACUUCAAAAAGCACCCCUAAGACUAAAAGUGUCGACUCCUCUGAACCUUUAAAAACUCCUAUAAAUCUUUUGAAAAUAACUAAAGAAACUCAUUUCCCGUUUCAGAGCCGUCGAGUCGACGAAAGAAGCCGUCCAGAAAAAACGGCAACCCACCGAAGAAGAAAUCCUCAGCAAAGAACGGGAAAAAGAACUGAAACGAAAAAAGUUGUCCGCCGCUGCGGCCAACGGUUCGGAUAAGAAGAACAAAUAG